AUGAACCAAAGUGUGGGUGAGAAAGUUGAAGAGAAGCAAUCUCUCGUUAGACCAAAGUCUUCAUCUUCUUCUCAAAGCCCACAUAACUACAUCGCAAAAGCUUUAGUUCCUUUGUCUUCAUUAGUAUUAAUCUUAAUUAUAUCGCAAUACACAGAUAAAUUAAUGCAGCAAUCGUUUGAAAUCAGUAAUGUAAUACCACCACCAGUGUAUGGUGCAUAUAUUUUCGAUAUAAAGUUAAAUGAAAUUCCAAAAACAUUUCAAUUUUUCGAUGUGACAUUAUAUUUUACAUGUCAAUCUCCUCCAGCAAAACCUUUCAACGUAAAGAUAUUUUAUAAUGAUACUAUUUCCAAUAAAAUUAAUAACGUUACAAGACAAGUUACUCUUCUCCGUCCAAAUGCAUUCUCAACAGUUGUUCUAAAGAAAAGUUAUCUCUUAUCCAAACUGAAAGACGAUAUUUACUUCAAAAUUCAAAAUAUUCCAGAAGAAGUCACGGGAUUUCUCAUUCAAAUUCGUGGUAUUUCAUUAUCGACAUACUAUUUUUCGUAUAUACAUCUUGCUUUUGCAUGUAUUGCAUUAUUGAUAGUAGGUUUUAGCGUUUUUAGAAUAUAUCUACGGAAAAGUUAUAAUACAAAUAAUUUACUGAAUAUCACAUUCUUUAUCUCAUGCAUUGGUUAUAUUUUCCCUUAUGAUAUGCUGAAUAUUUCUUCAAUUAAUUUUAUUCCUCCGAUAUUAACUUCAUUCUUUCCUGGUUUCUUCUGCUACUUUUCAUUUCAGAUACUAGAAGAUGCUGGGCCUCUUGUUCCUUUACCAGUUAUCUUCAAAGAAAAUACAACCUUAAGAUUAUCCAUUUGCUUAUCCAUUUUCUGCUGUUUAUGCGAAAUGUUUCGAAGCAGCGAUUUCAAAUACAUAUUCUUAAUGCUAUUUUUUGUAGCAUUCCUCGUUUAUACAUAUUAUAUCCGAGCAUUAUACAAAGUAAUGCAGUGUCAACAGAAGAGAAUUGAAGAAAGUUACGCGAUGUGGCUUCGUUCUCUAUUUUUAGUAAUUUCAUUACUAUUUUUAGGGAAGGAUAUUCAGUUUUAUAUUAGUAUUCCGUAUCAAAUUUGCAAAUCAAUAGAAAUAUUAUCAACAUGGACAGUAAUAGGCACAACUAUUGCUACAUUAAAUAUCAUAUCCGCUUCUGAUUCAAACUCUUUCCAAAAUGUCUCGGUGUCAAAAGAUGACGGGAAGUUCCUUUCGUCACUUUUUGAAUCUCCUGAAACAAACAACAAUAACAGAUAUGUACAAAACGAUGAUUUCACAACGACACAGCUUGUUGAUGGCAUAUUCAAUAAGGAAUACCCAGAAGAAUCGUUUGGCGGCCAAGCUUACUAUAAUCCACAAGGAUAUGACCAAUAUCCACCUGUUUAUGAAGACCAAUACAUGAACCAAGGUGGAUAUGGACGACCAAUGUAUGAACCUGGUAUGUAUCAAAACGAAAAUAUUCAAAACCAAAUGUAUUUGCAAUCUUUCUAUUAA